AUGCCCAGACGCCAUUCAAUCUGCCUCUCCGACAUCAAUUCCUUGGCAGAUUCUGUUGAGCAAUCCUAUCCUCAGAUCUCCAAAUACGAAGACCCAGACGAAGAUAGCACCAUCUGGGCUUUUCGCAAACCCUCCACUCCGACGAUGACGAUAACGACGGAAUCAGCAUCAGUAACGCCUGCGAAGCCGUCUACGAGUACAACCACUGCGGAGAACAACAAGCAAGAGCAGCAGCCUCAGGACCCUCCCCAGACCACGUCAGCAAAAAAAAAGAAGAAAAACAAGAAGAAGAAGCCCAAAAGUCGGACUAAGGGAAAGGAUAAGCUGGACCAGGACCAGGACCAGACUGAAGGCAGCAUCGUUGAGACUGAGACUGAGAGUCUAGCUCAGUUAAUUCAGCCAAUGCCGCUUGGUACUCCUACACCGUUUAUCGUCAACAGUGCGAGUUGGCAUAAAGUGGAUGAAGGCAAGAGUAACGAAGAUGGCCUCCAGAGAUUUCUCAGCUCCCAGCGUCUCUACGCAGGGGACAGUGACAGUCCAUCAGUAACCGAGUUGACUCCCUCCACGACGACUGAUGCUACCGUCCGCGCUGCUAGCAACCAUGGUGACAAACCAUCCCAGCAGGAUCAACCCCAGGAACAGCCGCAGCAGCAGCCUUCCAAUGUACCAGAACAACCUCCUCUUCCUAAUGCUUAUGAGAGUGACGGUGGAAAUAAGGAGAACAAUGGCAACGUCAACCCAGAAACUUCUGUUCCAGCUGACCCGAAACCUGAGGCGGUCAGCAAACCCGUCAUUGUCAUAGAAAGCAACCUCCCGGGCGUCAGUCCCAGCGACGCCAGCCUGAGAACGCACACCCUAGGCCUUCUCGAUGCUGGAUCCUUCACCGACAGUCGCAUCAAUCUCCACUCCCCGAGAAACAGCUUCUACCUCACUUUUCACACCCACAAAGCCCUGCUCGCCCGCAGCCCCCGCCUGGCCGCAAUCCUCACAUUCCUCGGUCACUCAUCGUCCAAUGACAGUGAGAACACAAGUGAAGCCGAGAUUGAAGUCCUCGUCGGCGAGACCUUUUACAUGCUGAAGGCGUUCGAGACUGCGCUACAGAAUCUCUAUGGUCUGCCGUUACUCAACAGGCAAAACCUACCGCGUUUCACCAUGAUGGCUAUGGGAUAUACCGGCGAGGAUGUGCAUAGAACUGUGAAGUUCGGGAUGAGCGCUGCCACCGCCGAUUUCGCGUUAUGCUACGCCGUUUCCGGUGCGUUCCUGGGUCUCUCUGAGAUCAUGGAAACGGGUAUGAAUCUGGCGAUGGAAUCCGUGGAUUGGGAGAACAUCGAGAUGGUGCUGUACUUCGCGCUGUCUGUAUCCAAGUUUCUUAUCACUUGCCCUGGAGACCCGUUAUCGUUGCAAUUCUUGGCAGAACAGGAACUCGUGAACACUUGGAUUCCCCGUCUAAGGACGUACGCUCUCACCUACAUAGCCACUUACUUACAACAUCUCCAGCAGCAACAGGAGCCGUUCCAACUCUACGUCUCCGCGCAAUCCAAAGGCAUGCCCGACCGCAUCCCGGAGCACCUCCGCAAGGUGCCGGGAAGUAUCCUUUCAAACCCCAAACUGGCGGAAGUCAAAUUUGGAUCUUUCAGUUCUGUCGAGGAACAACAGAAACCCCCCAACGUGGUUCUCAUAUCUGCCAUUUUGAUCGGAUUACCGUACAGACUCUUGCAAGAGGCAUUUGAUAUUAUGGUGGAGAGAAAAGUGUUGGAUGAGAACCAGGCGAGCACAAUCGUCAUCGAAAGGGAGGCGAGGAGACUGUAUGCGUUGAGGGUCUGGGGCGCGCAACGGAUGGAUCAUGGAGGCGGUGGUGUUGGAGGUGAUGAGGAGGUGAAGGAGUUAGGAUACCGUGAGAUUGUCACAAGAAAGAAUGGUAAGGUUCUGCUGGAGAGGGUGUGGGUUGGUUUGAAAUAA